UGUUUCUAUUUCGGUUGCAUUUAAUUUCUAUUUUUGCUGAGUUAAUUCCCUUUCAGUUAGUAGGGUUUUUCUAUAAAUGUGGAGUCCAGAAUUGAGGUUCGAUCUGGCUAUGCAUUUGCUAGUUUUUCUUUCUUUGCCAACCCUCUUCUUUCCUUUCGGUUUCAAGCAACACAACAAUAUUCUGUCCUCGAUGCUUCCACCCGCUCGCUUCACCUUUCCCUAAGAUUCGUCCAGGAUUAUUGUUGAUGAAUUGAUCACCUUGGUGUGCGUGUUUAUUGCUUUAAUGCUUUUUCUUUCGGGGGCUGAUUUAUUGCUUGCCACUGAGUGCACACGUACUUUAGAUCAGCCGUUCUUGUGACCAUUGCUGGUGCCUUUUUCGUCUUUAGGUGCAAAAAUCUUCAAGAUUUUGUGAGUUUUUCGGAGAAAUUCCCCUUUCAUUGAUACUUAAGACGGAAUCUUGAAUGGUUUCGAGGUAUUCAGAAGACCCUUUUGUGUUCUGAUUCUGAAGUUAGGCUUUUGACAGGCAAAACCAGAGUUUUCGUGUGUUUGGUUUUUGAAUCUGGCAAUGGUGUCUGCUGUGAGUCAGAGUGAGAGUGGUAGAAAUAGGAAAUUGUUGCUGGGGAUUGGGUAUUUGGUGCAGGGUUUGAGGUGCUUUCCAUGGAUGGGGGUCAUUUUUUUCCUCAAAGAUGGGUUGAGAGUGGAACCUUCCACAUUACAGAUCCUUCAGAACUCUGCUAAUUUGCCUAUGGUCGCCAAGCCCUUUUACGGCAUACUCUCUGAUUCAUUCUACAUCUUUGGCCAGCAUCGUGUCCCUUACAUAGCCCUUGGAGCCUUUCUGCAGGCACUGUCAUGGAUAGCUAUUGCAAUUUCUGGUAAAUCAGGCAUAUCAUUUUUUUCAAUCACGUUUUAUCUCCUCCUCAGCAAUCUUGGUGCUUCCAUAGUUGAGGUUGCCAAUGAUGCCAUGGUCGCAGAAACUGGAAAACAACCCCCUUCCUCCAAGAAAACAAAACCAUCUUCAUCUGGUGAGCUGCAGUCGUUUGUUUGGAUGGCCUCAUCCAUUGGUGGUGUUGUGGGAAAUCUUAUAGGUGGUGUUGCUAUCGACAAAUUUUCCACUCAAAUGAUGUUUUUUGUCUAUGGCAUACUCCUUUGUUUUCAGUUCUUAAUAACACUAUUCAUUCGUGAGAGCUCCCUGGACCUCCCUAAAAGUCCAUCACACGUUGGUUUUAAGAAGCAAUUUUUGGAACUCUUGAACGCAAUGAAGAAACCAGAAAUCCUCUAUUCAAUAACCUGGUUUGCAUUCUCUUAUGCUGUGAUCCCGGCCUUAACAGGGACCAUGUUCUACUACCAAACUCAACAUUUGAAGAUUGAAUCGUCGGUUCUUGGUAUAUCAAAGGUGUUUGGGCAAGCAGCUAUGCUGCUGUGGGGAGUUGUUUAUAAUCGCCAUCUUAAGUCGAUCUCGUCAAGAAAAUUAAUCACUGCUGUUCAGGUCUCCAUGGCAAUUUUCAUGAUAUCAGAUUUUCUAUUCGUGAAGGGUGUUUAUCAGCAGAUUGGUCUCCCAGAUUCAGUCUAUGUUGUACUUAUCUCAGGUGUGCUUGAGGUGCUGUACUUCUUCAAGAUCCUACCUUUCAGUGUUUUAAUGGCAAAGCUUUGCCCGCCAGGUUGUGAAGGUUCUGUGAUGGCAUUUGUUAUGUCUGCUAUAGCACUUGCAUUCAUCGUGAGUGGCUACUUUGGUGUUGCCUUAGCAUCUUAUGUUGGAGUAAAUGGAGAUGAUUUCUCCGGCCUGCCACAAGGACUAUUAAUACAGGCUGUGUGCACUCUUUUGCCCGUUUUCUGGGCAUCGUGGAUCCCUGAAGACGUGAAGCUGAAAGGAAAGCAGAACUAGAAUACUGGUACACGUUCCAUACAAGUAGACUCCUUAUAUGGGUGUAGGGGUUUUGUAUGUAAUUUUCCUUAAGGGGAUGUAAUAAAAAUAAAAUGCGCUUCAGAUUAUAAAUUAAAAGUGAGGGUGAAAAUAAAACCAAAUGAUCUCUCUGUAUGCUUUUUCACAAGUACUAAUGGAAAUUAACUUACUA